CUAUGUUCAAUAAGAAUUAUUGUGAUUAGGAUGAUGACGUUUGGGGCAAAGUUUUUUCUUCCUUCUAAAACUUUGCCUCUUUUUUCUUUACCCCCUUUAUUAAAAUCCUAUUCUUUUUCCACUCAACACAAUUUCUCCUUGCCAGAACAAAGAAGAAAACUUAGGUUUCAAGUGAGAAAUUGUGUUCCUAGUAUUGAAAAGCAGUUAGAAAUGGCAUCGGAGGGCAAGGAAGAAGUAUGUGAAGUGAAUACAAAUCUGUAUCCUCUUAUAGAACCUUAUAGUUCUGGGUUCUUGAAGGUUUCAGAUAUUCACACUCUUUAUUGGGAGCAAUCUGGGAAUCCAAAUGGGCAUCCAGUUGUCUUUCUUCAUGGUGGACCAGGCGGUGGAACUUCACCAAGUAAUAGAAAAUUCUUUGACCCCGAUUUUUACAGAAUCAUUCUCUUUGAUCAGAGAGGAUCUGGUAAGAGUACUCCCCAUGCUUGUCUGGAGGAGAAUACAACAUGGGAUCUCGUUGCAGAUAUAGAAAAGCUUCGAGAGCAUUUGGAAGUUCCUGAAUGGCAGGUGUUUGGUGGCUCAUGGGGAAGUACAUUGGCUCUUGCAUACAGUCAGUCACACCCCGACAAGGUCACCGGUCUAGUCCUUAGGGGGAUCUUCCUUUUGCGCAAAAAAGAGAUUGAUUGGUUCUAUGAAGGGGGUGCUGCUGCUAUAUUUCCUGAUGCUUGGGAGUCAUUUAGAGAUCUAAUUCAUGAAAAUGAAAGGGGAUGUUUUGUUGAUGCCUACCACAAGAGAUUAAACUCGGAUGAUAAAGAAACACAGCUAGCAGCUGCAAAAGCAUGGACGACAUGGGAAAUGAUGACAGCCCAUCUUAUUCCUAGUGAAGAAAACAUUAAGCGAGGGGAUGAUGAUGAUUUUUCACUAGCCUUCGCUCGUGUAGAAAACCAUUACUUUGUGAAUAAAGGUUUCUUUUCUUCUGAUUCCUUCCUUCUUGAUAACAUCGACAAAAUAAGGCACAUUAAGUGUACUAUCGUGCAGGGUAGAUAUGAUGUUGUUUGCCCCAUAAUGUCAGCAUGGGAUCUCCAUAAAGCGUGGCCAGAAGCUGAAUUUAAGGUGGUUCCUAAUGCAGGCCAUUCUGCCAAUGAAUCUGGAAUAUCUGCUGAACUUGUUGCUGCAAAUGAGAAGCUCAAAAACUAUUACCUAGGCAAAUAGUAAGCAUUAUGAUAUCUGGAAGAAUUUUUUCAGAAUAAGUAUGUGCAAUGUUUUUCACUGAUUUAAUCAGAUAACAGAUGCAAAGGUAGAAGCAGAGUGAGAACUUUAGCAUGCAUAUUUGAUGUGUGUUAUGUUAAACUUUUCGUCUGAAUUCAUUUCGAAAUAAACGUCGAACAACAGGUUUAAGAGAA